AUGCUUCGCUUAGCACCUACAUUAAGAUAUCCAAAUUUAGCAAAGUAUUCAAAUUUUGCAGCUUGUUUUCAUCGACAAUAUCAAUAUGUUGAUAUUCCAGAUCGACAAAACGUCUACCAUGAGUGUGAUUGCUACGCUAAGGAUUUAAACCAUGAUCUGCCGCGAUAUAGUUGGCUUGAUAUCAACUUGAAGUUGCCUCAAAAGACUCCGGCUUAUCAUAAGCAUCUUCUCUUAAUUUCACCUCCAGACUUAGUAGGGCAGGAGCCCGAGUGGAAAGGCUCCUGGCAAAGAAAAUUAGAGCUCAACCCUAAAUGGCCCUAUUCGGUUAUUGGAGAAUUAAAAAGCUCUCUGAAAAAUACAAGACAUGGUGAUGGCGUACUUGUAAAUGCAAUGUCAAUAAUUCACGGAGAAUUAGCAAAUCAGGCUAGAAGAGAAAACACGGCCAAUAUACUAGCUAUACCUGAUAUGAAAAUCUAUGAAAUACGUGAGAAAGACAUAAAAGAAUUUGCAAACUUUAUUGGUGGCGGUGCUCGAUCAAAUACUCUCAACUUUGCAGAUUAUCUGAAAGGUGCCAUGGAAAUAAGAAAGAAACUUGAAACGGAAGAUACAGAGGUAUACGCAGCUGUGAAUUCAUUCAGUUCACGGGAAUUCGGAAAAAAUUUGGUUCUGGUGUGUGGACAUCAUCAGAGAGAUCAACGAUGUGGUAUUUUAGCUCCGCGCAUAAUCAAAAAAUUGCAAACUAUCGUCGAACCCGAGACUGAAUUGGGAAUUGUUUCCCAUAUAGGCGGUCAUAAAUAUGCGGGAAAUCUUAUCUUCUACAAUUACUUGGGAAGAGACAAUGCACAAAAUGCGAAAGUCGAUGGAUUAUGGUUCGGUAAAAUACUCCCAACAAAUGUACCAACUUUGGUAAAAAACUUGAAUGAUGGUAAUAUCAUAUCUGAAUGGUUUCGCGGUGGAAUAUCGUCUCGAAGUAAAGACUAA